AGUCGGUUGUGUCGCUCUCAUGGCUUGAUAGUAGGAUUUGGAGACCUGGAAAUUCGGAGGUUCCCGAUCGUAAUAUAUCGCAGGGGCGCCUUGGAAGAGUCGUAGGACCGAAAGCCGCGUCGAUAUCUCCGGAGCUUGAAACCGUUUCCGCGAGAUGACGCGCAUGCUAGAUGGAGCGAAGGUUCUGGUGGAGUCGCUUCGACGUCAGGGCGUGGAGUACAUGUUCGGCGUCGUCGGAGUUCCGGUAUUCGAAGUCAGCAUGGCUGCUCAGCAAGUCGGAAUAAAAUACAUCGGCAUGCGGAACGAGCAAUCUGCAGCUUAUGCCGCCGGCGUCAUCGGAUAUCUCACGAAGCGACCCGGGGUUUGUCUGACCGUGUCUGGUCCAGGUGUUCUGCACGCCAUCGGAGGUCUUGCGAACGCGCAAUCGAAUGCCUGGCCCAUGAUACUGAUCGGGGGAUCGUGUGAGAGACAGCUGGAGGGUAUCGGAGCUUUCCAAGAGUAUCCGCAGGUGGCAUCUUGCAGAUUGCAUACGAAGUACGCUGCGAGGCCUAGUUCCGUGGCGCAAAUACCCUCUGUCGUGGAAAAGGCAACGAAGGAAGCUUUGUUCGGGAGACCUGGCGCGACUUACAUCGACAUGCCUGCCGACAUCAUUACAGGCGAGAUAGAAGAGUCUCAAUUGCACAGGAGCUCGGUCAUCGGAGACAGCCCUACGUCGCUCGCCUGUCCGCAAGAGGUCCGCAAAGCGAUCGAUCUCCUGAGAGGCGCUAAGCGUCCUCUUAUAAUCGUCGGGAAAGGCUGCGCAUACGCCAGAGCAGAGAAGAUGGUUCGAGAAUUCGUGGAGAAGUCCGGGGUUCCAUAUUUGCCGACACCCAUGGGAAAAGGCGUCAUUCCCGACGACCACGUCCAAUGCAUCUCACCUGCUCGCACAAAGGCUCUCCAAGAAGCUGACGUCAUCCUCUUGCUCGGGGCACGCACAAACUGGAUGCUCCAUUUUGCGCAACCGCCCAGGUUCAACGCCGGCGUGAAAAUUAUUCAGUGUGACGUGAAAGCUGAAGAAUUUCAUAACAGUGUUCCAAAUGAAGUAUCGCUUCUUGGUGAUUUGAACGCUGUUUGCUCGCAGUUACUCAGCGCUUGCGAUUUCAAACACGACGCACAGUCACAGUGGUUGACAAGUCUGAGAGCAAAAAUGCAGAUCAACGCCAAAGUUGUCCAAGGACUCAUGGACUCGACGGCGAUUCCGAUGAAUUAUCAUGCCGUGUAUAAGAUCAUCAACAAAUAUCUUCCGAAGGACACGGUCAUUGUCAACGAAGGCGCCAACACUAUGGACAUCGGUCGCACCAUGCUUCCCAACCAUCUCCCCCGACACAGAUUGGACGCCGGAACAUUUGGAACCAUGGGUCUCGGCUUAGGUUUCGCCGUUGCGGCUGCUCUACACAACCAAACGGCGUAUCCGGGUAAACGCGUUGCAUGCAUUCAAGGAGACUCGGCAUUCGGCUUCUCAGCCCUCGACUACGAGACCGCUGUUCGAUACAGACUCCCUCUGAUUUGUAUCAUAAUCAACAACAACGGCAUCUACAAUGGAUUCGAUGAGAACACCUGGCAACAAUUCUUGAGCCAAGGUCAACACGAAGGACUCGUUCUGCCACCGAACUCUCUGACGCCUUCGGCGCGCUACGAGGAGAUCACCAAGAUGUUCGGCGGUCAAGGAUUCCACGUUACAACGCAUGCUGAGCUUGAAAGCGCGAUGAAGGCCGCCGUCGAUACGAAAGACCGGCCGACGGUCAUCAACGUCAUCAUCGACGGGAUGGCUCAGCGUAAACCUCAGGACUUCGAGUGGCACACCAAGGCGAAAAUGUGAGGCCUCACCGAAGGAACCUCGAGCGGGUAAUCGUACCCAUCGUGGGCGAGUGAUCCUUCCCAUCGUGACCGGGUAAUCGAACGGAUCGUGGGCAAGUCGUCGUCCCGUCCUCGAACGAUUGCUCGACUACUCUAUGCUACCUGUUCAGCUCCAGCAGCCCAGAUCGUAGGCCCCUGCUGCCCGGGCUAACUGUCCCUGCAUCUCGGUGCAGACUGAAUCGGUUUAUUAUGAAUAUGGAAUCUUGAAUUCACCUCUAAAGAUUGAAGUGGAUACUCCGGGAUUUGAAUCGACCUUAUAGUAGAACUUAAUAAUUUACUUUA